UGAGUGAUACGUGCUAGCGUGGCGGAGGGAUACACAAGACAAACCCGCGUCCCCCUCCUCCCACCUCCCCGCUCUGGCCACGGCCGAUAUACCCACUCCAAAAGCCGCCAGUGGAACUCCAUCUAAGGAACGAGCACACUCCUAGUCUGCUUCCACAGACCAACAAGCACACAACCCGUCCGACAUGGCUGACCAACUAACAGAGGAGCAGAUUGCAGAGUUCAAGGAGGCUUUCUCCUUAUUCGACAAGGAUGGCGACGGAACCAUUACCACCAAAGAACUGGGCACCGUCAUGAGGUCGCUGGGCCAGAACCCCACAGAGGCCGAGCUGCAGGACAUGAUCAACGAGGUGGAUGCUGACGGUAACGGAACCAUCGACUUCCCUGAGUUCCUGACCAUGAUGGCCAGAAAAAUGAAGGACACAGACAGCGAGGAGGAGAUCCGCGAGGCUUUCCGGGUAUUCGACAAGGACGGGAAUGGCUACAUCAGCGCCGCAGAGCUGCGCCACGUCAUGACGAACCUCGGGGAGAAGCUAACAGACGAGGAGGUGGACGAGAUGAUCAGAGAAGCAGACAUCGACGGAGACGGACAGGUCAACUAUGAAGAGUUUGUACAGAUGAUGACCGCAAAGUGAAGCUUGCCCGCCCCAUCCUGACCCCCCCUCGCCCUCCCCUCUUAGAAGAAAACAAAACAAAAAACAUGAAAAAAAAAUGUUUUACUUACCUCUUGGAAGAAAAUGUUCAUUUAUUCAUACUGUUUCUGUAUAGAAAAUAAUUGAAUGUUGACUUAAAAUAUCCUUCUGUCCACACAGGAAAAAUAUAUAUAAAAAAAAAAUACAAAAAAUGCAUGAAAAUGAUGGUUAGUGAUUCUGCCCUCUCUCUCCUGUCCCUCCCGCCCCCCAACAUGAAGAUCAGUUCAGCAUCAGUACGAGUAAAAACAAUAACAAACCCUGUAACUACGACCUUCAGACUAAAUUUAAAGCAUCGGGCCAACUCCUCCCAGCUCCAUAUGCUCGUGGUAACCGUCUGGGCUGGCCAUCUCUCUUCUUCUUCUUCUCUCUGUUUUCUGUUCUUCAUGCAUGCAGCUUGAGACCGGAGCACUAACCCCCUCCGCCCCCCACCCAACUCAUCCGUCCUCCUCCGGACUACCAGAGCGUGCUGAUUCCACUAUAAUCUGUCCUCUUGUUGGUUUGGUACAGUUUCUUUUUUUUUUUUUUUUGUAUUCGCAGAGGAACCCUGUACUGUUAGUUGAGAGAAUAUACCAGGUUCUAACUCAAAAGCAUUAAAGUGGAAUGGGAUUUAAUUGUAUGCUAGAUAAAAAAAAAGGAAAAAAAAAAUUACCAAAAAAUUGACAUUUUAAAGCGUUUGGCAUGUUUUUAUGUUAUUCGGACGGCCAUCUUAGUAGUCGCUUGUCCUUCCCUACGAAAAAGGAGGGGAGGAGUUAGUCUUACAGUGAGCUUUUUUUUCUUCUUCUUUUCGCUGAGAUGGAGUGUCUGUCCUCUUUUUCUUGCAAGAGAGAAUCACUGGCCUUCACGUUUAUUGUGUUUUUUUUAUUCUUCUGUUGUUUCGACUCAGACGGGGAGCAUAGUGAGGGUGCGACGCCGCACCAGGUCUGCGCGACUGUUCGUCCUGAGUUCAGUUUACAUUCAUUCCAAGUUGUACAUGCUAGUCUUUAAUUAUUUUUUUUUUUUUUUCAAAUAAAAGACCAUAAACUUUA